UGAGAAAACUCUUGAUCCGGUGAUCGUGCUGUAGAGAGUGGUGCAAGGCUUUGGUCGGAUGUUAGCAGAGACUGAAGUGCAAAUGCUUUUUUGGGCUAUAGGUCUGAAGUUGGCUCGGCAGGGAAAGCUGUAGCGGCUGAUGGAACGGCAUUGCUGACGUUGGUGGAAUUUGCAGAGUAUGAUAAUACGCUGAAUGAUUGCAGAAACAGAUCACGCUUCAAAAAAGUGUAAUUUGGCGAGCAUCUGUAAAGUUGAAUCUGCGCUGACUUGCGACUGCUGUUCAUGAAGCUGGUCUCCUCUUACAAUCCACGUGAAAUGCACUUGUCGUUGACUCUGAUCUACCUCUACCGCCUCUCCUGCAUCGAUCUCAAGGUCGAGAACAUCCUCUUUGACCUGCGCCGCGCGGUGCUGGCGGACUUCGGGAUUGCCGUGCGCGAGACCGAGGCUGCUGCCAAGGGGGCGGGCGGCACCCUGGGGUACCUCUCCCCCGAGGUGUACCUCCACGGUUACCAAACGAAGGAGAGCGACGUGUACGCCCUGGGAGUGGUGCUCUGGGCCCUCGUCACAGGCAGCCGGCCACACUACGGCUUCCACGAUACUCGGGCGCUGCUCGCGUACAUGGCCAUGGGCUUCUGGUUCGCGUGGCCGAACGAAGUGCACGCCUACGGGGGGAACCUGGUGGCGCUCGUCGAGCGCUGCUGCCACGUGGACCCCAGCCAGCGGCCCAGCGCGCGCCAUGUGGCAGACGACCUGCUGCAGAUCGCAGAGCUGCUGCGUGCGCAGUGCUCCGAGGACGAGCUGGAGGCGGCGUGGGGUGGGUAGAGGGGAAAGAUAGAGGGAAACGGGCCCAAUACUGACUAGCGUAGAAGUUAUCCAUUAAGUUGACGGACUGAUUGUAAGUAGGCGGCUGCGAUGAGUCUCCCAACUUGUGUUGUGCGUGUUGCGUAUACUGUCAACUGCGAGCGUGUUUGCGAGCUGACAACCAGCGGGGAUGGAGGUGGAGGACCGCAUAAGAGAGACGGGUUUCAAGUGAGCGAUUACUGUAGUGCGCGCACAUAGAUCAAGAGCAGACCUGGCCCCUCCCGGGAGCAAGCAAAGAUGAUUGUUGUGGCAGCGCGAGUUGUAAAUCACAAGAACAACUGACCGGGGGUUGGGAGUAGCGGGGGUCGAACCAUUCUUUGAGACCUAUUGAAAGGUUGCUGCCAAGCAUUGUAGCAGCAGAUUGUUUUCGUUGCUUUUGCUAAGGGCUGAGUUUGAUAGACAGGCGCCCGCAACUGUUUGUAACCGACACAGAAUCUGUGGGCAUUAGCCAAACAGACACUAGCUAGAUACCUAGGUACAGCAAGCCGCGCUUUAGUCUAGUUUUUAACCGCUACAGAUUGACAAUUCACUGGUAAUCAAUACAAAUAGAGACCUGAUUUAGUGCAGUAGAUGCAAGCGGGAUUUUCAAAGUUUCUCUGUCCAAG